AUGCUGAAGAUGGAGCCCAGUUUACUGGGAUCAAUGCGGCUCCCGCUUUUGAUUCUGCUCACUGGAGUGACGUUAGGAGUGGUGGAGUUGGAGCCGUUAUCUCAGGAUCACAGUGGAGAAUCUUCUCUCAGGAACAUCACUCUGGCCGUUAUCCUACCGCACCAGAACACGGAGUACCCGUGGGCCUGGCCUCGAGUGGGCCCUGCUCUCUACUGGGCCCUGGAGAAGGUGAACUCUGACCCCACCCUGCUGCCAGGUUACCACAUGCAGCUGGUCUUCAGCAGCAGUGAAAACAAGGAGGGCUUUUGCUCUGACUCAGUGGCGCCCCUAGUGGCCGUGGACCUGAAGUUUGCCCAUGACCCGUGGGCCUUUAUUGGGCCGGGAUGCGACUAUGCUUCCUCACCUGUGGCCCGCUUCACUACGCACUGGGAGGUUCCCAUGGUGACGGCUGGAGCCCCAGCAAUUGGCUUUAACAUGUACUCGUCUAUCACCAAUACGGGGCCCACGCACAAGAAACUGGGCGAAUUUGUGGUGAGGAUGCACCACAACUUUGGCUGGCACAAGCACGCCACUGUCAUGUUUCACGACAAAAAGAAUGACGAUCGGCCGUGCUACUUCGCUGUGGAAGGGCCGUACGCAGAGAUGACCGCAGACAACAUCACGGCGAAGGACAUGGUGUUUAAUGAGGAUGAAGAAUCGCUGUCCUACGCAGAUCUUAUCAGUGAUAUUAGCCAACGAGGACGUGUGGUGUAUGUGUGCUGUAAGUGGGACACGUUCCGGAAGUUGAUGGUGCAGUUUCAUAAGCAGAGGCUUCCCCAGGAGGAGUAUGUCUUCUUCUUCAUUGAUCUGUUCGGAGAGAGCGUGCAGGGCCGCCCAGCACAACCAUGGAAACGAGGAGACGCUGACGAUGAGGCUGCCAAGCAGGCCUUUAAAAGUGUGAAGAUUCUGACCUACAGAGAACCUCAGAACCCUGAAUAUAAAACCUUUGUGUCAAAGCUGAAGACGGAUGCCAAGAAGAUGUUCAACUUCAGUGUCGAAGACUCGCUGAAGAACCUGAUCGCUGGAGGCUUUCAUGAUGGAGUGCUCUUAUACUCUCAUGCCUUGAACGAGUCGAUGAACCAAUCAGGGCUGCAGCCACCAGGUCAUGUGGUCACCAAGAAGAUGUGGAACCGCACUUUUAACGGUGUCACAGGCCUGUUGAAGAUGGACGAGAAUGGCGACUGUGAAAUUGAUUUUGCUCUCUGGGACAUGACGGACACAGACUCCGGAGUUUAUGAGAUCGUGUCUGUGUAUAACAGCAGUGUGAAGCAGAUGGUUCUGGAGCCGGGAAUGAAGGUCCACUGGCUGAAGGGCACUCCUCCUCCUGAUAUCCCUCUGUGUGGCUUUAAGAAUGACAACCCUGCCUGUCUCGCCAAAACGGUCACCAUGCACCAGAUGAUCUCCAUAGUGGUGUGCUUCAUCUUCAUCAUCAUCGUUACGGUCACAGUCUUUAUCUACAGAAAGGUGAAGCUGGAGAACGAGUUGGCCGCUCAGCUUUGGAGGGUUUACUGGGAGGACAUUCAGAUAAGCAACCUGGACAAGGCGCUGCGCCGGGCCUGCAGCAGGCUGACCCUAUCAUUGAGGGGCUCUAAUUAUGGCUCACUGCUGACCAUGGAGGGAAAUGUUCAGAUUUAUGCCAAAACCUGCUACUACAAGGGAAACAUUACAGCCAUUAAGUAUGUCAACAAGAAACGCAUCGAGCUCACCAGGAAAGUGCUGUUUGAACUCAAACAUAUGCGUGAUGUACAGAAUGAACACCUGAACAGGUUCAUUGGAGCCUGUACUGAUGCUCCAAACACCUGUAUUCUGACGGAGUACUGUCCCCGGGGCAGCCUGCAGGACCUGAUGGAGAUUGAGAGCAUCACAUUGGACUGGAUGUUUCGCUAUUCUCUGAUUAAUGACAUUGUUAAGGGUAUGGCAUUCCUCCACAACAGUGUGAUCAUCUCCCAUGGCAACCUGAAGUCCUCCAACUGCCUGGUAGACAGUCGCUUCGUGGUGAAGAUCACAGAUUACGGCCUGGCCAGCUUCCGCAAGGAGAACAACUUGGAAGACACACAUGCUUUCUACGCGCGAAAGCUGUGGACAGCACCAGAGCUGCUGCGUGAUGAGAACAGGCCGCCCUGUGGUACGCAGAAGGGAGAUGUGUACAGCUUCGGAAUCAUCCUACAGGAACUGGCUCUGCUCAAAGGAGUCUUCUACGUGGAUGGCCCACCGCUCAGCCCUAAAGAGAUUGUGGAGCGAGUGGCUGAAGACCGCUGGCCAUAUCUGCGUCCACUGCUGUGCUCACAGAGCCACAGUGAGGAGCUGGGCCAGCUGAUGCAGCGCUGCUGGUCAGAGGACGUCAACGAGAGGCCAGAUUUUCACCAGAUCAAAGUGUUGCUUCACAAGCACAACAGAGGCUACGGCUCCAACAUCCUGGAUAACCUACUGUCUCGCAUGGAGCAGUAUGCUAAUAACCUGGAGGAGCUGGUGGAGGAGAGGACGCAGGCGUACCAUGAGGAAAAACGCAAAGCUGAAGCGCUGCUCUAUCAGAUCCUGCCUCAUUCAGUGGCAGAGCAGCUGAAAAGAGGAGAGACAGUCCAGGCUGAGGCCUUUGACUCUGUCACCAUCUACUUCAGCGACAUUGUGGGUUUCACCGCACUCUCAGCGGAGAGCACACCUAUGCAGGUGGUGACUUUACUGAAUGACCUCUACACGUGUUUCGAUGCCAUCAUUGACAACUUUGACGUUUACAAGGUUGAGACGAUUGGUGAUGCGUACAUGGUGGUGUCUGGACUUCCUGUGCGGAACGGGAAGCUGCAUGCCCGGGAGAUUGCCCGCAUGUCUCUUGCUCUGCUGGAGGCCGUCUACUCCUUCAGGAUCCGCCAUCGGCCAGAUCUACAGCUGCGUCUGCGCAUAGGCAUCCACACCGGUCCUGUGUGUGCUGGUGUUGUUGGGCUGAAGAUGCCAAGGUAUUGUUUGUUUGGUGACACAGUGAAUACAGCAUCGCGCAUGGAGUCAAAUGGAGAAGCGCUGAAGAUCCACGUGUCAGAGGCCACACGUGCAGUGCUGCAGGAGUUCAACUGCUUCCAGCUGGAGCUGAGAGGAGACAUAGAAAUGAAAGGCAAAGGGAGAAUGAGGACCUACUGGCUUCUGGGAGAAAGCACCUCCAACCACGCUUGAACAGAACAGAUAGCGGAGAACCGAGAAAUCAGCUUUCUCCUGAGAGAAGAGGAGCCGACAGAACAGAGCCUUUGAAUGGAGAGAGGACAGAAAUACAGUGAAGAAACUGCAAGAUGAGCUAGGGACGUUUCGGGACGUGAUGUUUCGGAGCGGGCCUCGUUCCUCUUGUUGUCUCUCAAAGCUUCAGGUUAUCGCCACAUGCGAGUGUCAGGAUAGCAGGCUUCAUUUGUCUGUUCAGGACAAAAUAAAAAAAGAUCUGAAGAAGUGAAUGGAACAACAUAAAGGACUACAGUUUAUUGACGUUGCGAAUGUUUACUAAAGCUGUGGGUUUGAGGACAGUGCCAUCUUGUGGCGUCACAUUGUACAUGUAUUUUUAUUGCUGAACACUUUAUUAGAGGAGUUGGUCUCCACUUUUUUCGGUAGCUUCUCUUUGUGUAAAGAUAACAUGAUGCUUAUUUGUUUCUCCCUGUAAAUGUAGUCUCUACAUUGCCACUUAGUACUUCCUGGUGUAUUUCAGUACAUGGACCAACAAAAGGCAAUGGAACAAGUACAUAUACUAUAGAUUACAGAUUAUUAUAGAUUGUAGCCUACAUAUUCAAAUGAUACUGACGCAGAGAUGCAGUACUGAGAAAUGAUUCUACAAGAAAAAGACAAAACAUGAGUAUACAGGGGGUAGAAAUAAUGGAAAAUAUUUUAAAGUUGCUGAAUAUGAUUUAAAAAGCAAUAUCACUGUCUGUUUCUUACUAGUUUUACACCUAUUAACAGUGCUAACUGGUGUCAAGAAAGCUUCCGAAACCUACAAGGUAGUGUCUGAACUUCUAAAAAGCAAUAGGAGGCACCUAACAAGCUGUAAAAAGAUAUUAUUUCCCUAAUCGCAGUCAAGACGGAGGGGGUGAAGACAAGAAGGGGGAUAUUAUUUAAAAGAUCAGAGAAUAAAUGCUAAAAAAUAGUGACAAAACUAAACCAUAUCAAAACUCUUGACUAGCAAAAGGAGUGCUAUUGCUUUCAUCCAGAUCUUAUCUGUACUGGAGCUGUUAUUUGUAAACCAGUUUGGCAGCAAAGUCACUGUUGAACAGUGUUCCUUCCAGUUAAGGAGGCUUUUCUCCACGUUUUCCAGAGCUCAGUACUGACAAGGCUAAGAGUUAAAGGCCUGUAACUGAAUAGCAAAUGAGCACAAAUAGAGCUGUGUACAGUAGCCUAAACCUGUGCUAUAGGAAAAGUAUUGUUACUUUGGUGAAAUAAGGACUAAAGUACAAUACCUUUCCAGAAAAACAAUGGAAGAUGGAAUGGAAUGAUGGAGUGAUGGAAUGGAAUGACAAAAGAUUUUUUGGUUCAAAUUGAAAGAAGUAUCAUUAUUUCUUUCAAACCAGGAGAAACAAUAGGUUAAAAUAUGACAAGUCGCCCAGUUAGCUUCAAAUAAUCAUUUUAAAGUCAGAGGCGUCGGUUUCAGGAGUUUUUCAGACCACUUCGUACGUCUCUACAAAUUUUUGUUUUGUGUUGUUUUGUGGAUUUGGAGACCUCUCUGGUGGAAAUGUGUAACUAUAUGAAGCAAGAACACCUGUUGUGUUUGCGUUUGGGGUUGUGUUUCAGACCCCUUCCCCCAAUAGAUGAAUCUGAUUAUUGCGAGCGUAUUGAAAGAGAAUUCAGAGAACUCAGUCAAAACUUGGUGAAGGAUGUGUCUUAAAGAGCUCUGCAAAGGCCUGGUUAUUAACACUCACCUGAUUCAACCACUAACCACAUCCAUCUGUGCCCACAAAUUGUAGUGUUGAUUCUUGUCCACUCCCUCCUGUAGAACCUUGCACCAUUUUUGCCUGCACCGCCCACUUCAUCCACACACCAUGCCCACCCAUACCCACCUACUUUGGGCUGAGAUUGUGGUCCUCAUCAACCACCAGUGUUGUUUUUUUAAAAAAAAAAAAAACACUUCUUAAUCCCACCAACAGGAUCAUUCACCUCCACAUUUAACCUAUUUGUGAAGUGAAACACCACAUACACUUGCCCAGAGUGGUGGGCAGCCCUAUCCACAGCAUCCGGGGAAAUUAAAAAUGAAUCCCACCUAUGAAUUACUUAGCAGAUCAUGCGGGACCUGCGGGUGAACCCACCUUGUGCAGACCUCUAGUGCCUUCCGGGGAUGUGAGUGAAUUGUCUACCAUUAUCACGUUUUCAUCAGUAUAAUGUUGGUUAGUGUAGUGGGUAACACCUCUGCCUUCUGUAGACUGGGGUUCAAUCCUCACCAGAGCAGCACCCUACACUAUAUCAAUAAGAGUCCUUGGGCAAGACUCCUAACACCACCUUUGCCUACCUUUGUAAAAUGAUCAAACUGUAAGCUGCUCUGGAUAAGAGCGUCUGCCAAUUGCCAUAAGUGUAAAUAAUGUUGUCUUCUGAAUUUGAGACCUGAGCCAGACCUAUAUUUGAGUCUGUGCAUAUGACGUUAAAGUGUAAAGACAUACAACGUGGUCCAAAAAAGUCCCGACCCGACACCUCUGGCUUCUGAAUGAUUAAUUCAGGCUUUACAGCGCAACUCACACUCACAGCAGCACACGCUCACCAUUUUAGCCCGUUUUUCAUUCUGAUUCAGCAAUACUUUCAGUUCUUUGAAUUUCAACAAAAUAAUAAAUUUAGGAUCCUUUCUUUUCUUAAAAAAAUGCUAACGCUCCAAAGUGAAAGGCAAGAGCAACAGCAAAGCAGUACAGAGGUUGUUGCCACCUUAACACAUUCAGAUUUGCAAAUCACAAAAGUAAUUUUUAAUGAAAUGUUAAUCACUGAAAUGAAUGUGCGUUUCUUUCCUCACAAGUUUGAUCAACCCUGGUCAAAUUAUGUUUUGUUGAUUUUCUAAGUGAAAAUAAAUGAACACAUUUGCUAUUUUUCUGCCA